UGCAGGGCAGAGGGAGAGCCAAUCACCGAAACGCACAGGCUCCCUUUAAGCCUGACAUAUCUCCAACAGGAACAAAUUGUCCCAACAAUCAACAUCCCAAUCUGCUGCGCGCAUCAGGGGUUGGAGUGGACUGUAUAGCCUAUAGGCCUGUGUUUGUUGCGCGGACGGACUGCGCAGGAUUGCACCGUGACAAGAAACUUUCAAAACACAGACAAAAUAAACGACAGCUAUCGCUUUGGAUACCAACUUUUCGGCCGGAGGAGUAAGCUCGGACAUCAUGUCUAUUUUACCGUCCUUCGGCUUUACGCAGGAGCAAGUGGCAUGCGUGUGCGAGGUGUUGCAGCAGGGAGGAAACCUGGAGAGGCUCGGUCGCUUCCUGUGGUCUCUACCCGCGUGUGAUCACCUUCACAAGAAUGAGAGCGUCCUCAAAGCCAAGGCAGUGGUGGCUUUUCAUCGGGGGAACUUCAGAGAGCUCUAUAAGAUCCUGGAGAGCCAUCAGUUUUCUCCGCACAACCACCCGAAGCUGCAGCAGCUCUGGCUGAAGGCGCACUACGUGGAGGCGGAGAAGCUGCGGGGACGGCCGCUCGGAGCUGUAGGGAAAUACAGAGUGCGGAGGAAAUUCCCGCUGCCCCGUACAAUAUGGGACGGCGAGGAGACCAGCUACUGCUUUAAAGAGAAGUCCAGGGGUGUCCUGAGAGAGUGGUACACGCAUAACCCCUACCCGUCCCCGCGAGAAAAGAGAGAGCUGGCCGAGGCCACAGGACUGACCACCACGCAGGUCAGCAACUGGUUCAAAAACAGACGGCAGAGAGACAGAGCCGCAGAGGCGAAGGAGAGAGAGAACAGCGAAAACAACAACGCAGGCGGCAACAAACAGAACCAGCUGUCCCCGCUGGAUGGAGGAAAGUCUCUCAUGUCCAGCUCGGAGGACGAGUUUUCUCCACCUCAGAGCCCCGACCAGAACUCAGCGCUUUUGCUCCAGGGCAACAUGAGCCACCCCGGGGCCUCCGCUUACUCCAUGCCCGGCCUCGGGGCCCCACAGCCGGUGCACGGCAUGCACGGACACCCGCACCAACUGCAGGACUCCUUGUUGGGACCUCUAACCUCCAGUCUUGUGGAUUUGGGCUCUUAAAGAGGCUGUCAGAUUAUUAUAUUUUACAACCCC